CCCAACACUGCAAACGAUGCCUUAAUUUCCUUCUCAUCAAACCCGACACAUGCACUGCGCGACACUGCUGAGCUACUCGCAGGUGCCCGCCCUCAUGACCGCAGGUCGACGUUCAAUUUUCUGGAAGAAGACGGAUGGAUGAUGGGACCUAAUCAUCGGCUCUUAUUCUGGGUACCACCCGCUUCUCGAGAAACAUUUAGAUAUAAUCCUCGGAAUGCAUUAGUGAUGCCCGAAGGUGGUAUUGAGCUUGACUUGAGCUGUAUGGCACAUGGCAUGUGCUGGCACGACUGCUAC